GCCGCCCCCUGCCUCUACGUCGGACUGCCUCCUGAGAAGCCGGUGAACAUCUCCUGCUGGUCCAAGAACAUGAAGGACCUGACGUGCACGUGGGCACCGGGCACCGAGGGGGAGACCUUCCUGCACACCAACUACACCCUCAAGUACAAGCUCAGGUGGUACGGCCGCGACAACACGUGCCAGGAGUACCACACGGCCGGGCCCUACUCCUGCCACAUCCCCAAGGACCUGGCGCUCUUCACGCCCUACGAGAUCUGGGUGGAGGCCUCCAACCGCCUGGGGGUGGCCGUGUCCGACGUGGUCAUGCUGGACAUCCUGGACGUGGUGACCACGGACCCGCCGGCCGACGUGCACGUGAGCCGCGUGGGCGACCUGGAGGACCAGCUGAGCGUGCGCUGGAGCUCGCCGCCCGCGCUCAAGGACUUCCUCUUCCAAGCCAAGUACCAGAUCCAGUACCGCGUGGAGGACAGCUCGGAGUGGAAGGUGGUGGACGACGUGGGCAACCAGACGUCCUGCCGCCUGGCCGGCCUGCGCCCGGGCACCGUCUACUUCGUCCAAGUGCGCUGCAACCCCUUCGGCAUCUACGGCUCCAAGCGCGCCGGCAUCUGGAGCGACUGGAGCAACCCCACGGCCGCCUCCAACCCGCGCA